UCUCUUACUGUUUGCUGUUUACCUUUUAACUCAAGCAUAGAUGUCAUCACCCACUCAGUAGAGGGUUUUUUAUGUGGUAGUGGAGUUUGGCCAUGAGUGUGAGAGUGGAUGGCUGUUUGACUCUAUGUGAUGAACUGACGACCUGUGUAGGAUAAAGUGGUAGAUGAUGGAUGGAUGGAUGGAUGGAUGAUGGAUGGACGGUCACCAGUGUGAUUGGCAGCUGUAUUCUCCAAUAAGAGCCUGGUGGCAGUUGACGUCUGUGGAUUAAACACUUCACAAUGGGAGUUGAUUUGUCAACAGUAGCUAUAACAAGCUAAAGAGCUUAUUUUGGUCUCGUCAUCCUCGGGGUAUCCUCUUCUUCCUUUUUCUUUGAACACCUCGCCUCUUGUCGUCAGUCAUGUCAACAUUUGUGAUCAAGAGAUGGGGAAAAAACCUUGCUCUGUUCUCCACAGCUCUGCGUGAUCAUUGUCUGCAGAGGAAGUUCAGCUUGUAUUCCAUCAUAUUACCAGGCGGGAACUGAGUGCUGUCCGAAGUGUUCACCUGGAUAAUGUGUCAAAUUUCCUUUCUCUGUCCCCCUUUUGAUAGAGGGAGGCAUUGUUGGUUUCUCUCUCUGGAAUUGCCUCAUCCUUCUGUUUUGUAUUGCCUAUUUCCUCUGGUAUCAUUCCUAGGAGAGUAUGUAAGAGCAGACUGUUCGGAUGAAUCCAGCACUAAGUGUAAUCCCUGUGAAGACGGAACCUUCAACGAUGUUUUCAGUGGACUCAAACAAUGCUUACACUGCACAAGCUGUGCUCCAGAUUCUGGCCUGAGGAUAGCCCGUCCAUGCACAAGAACACGGGAUGCAUUCUGUGAACCUCUGGAAGGAUUCUUCUGUAUAGAAUCCAAAGGCUUAUACUGUGAAGCAGCAGAGAAACACAGCCAGUGUAAACCAGGGCAGUACAUCAGAGAUAAUGGAACAGCGUUGAAAGACACAGUUUGCGCUGACUGCAGUGCCGGGACAUUUUCAGAUGGGACGUUCACCACUUGUCGGCCGCACACGCAGUGUGGAAACCUGCUCAGAGAAGGAACUGCUUCAGCUGAUGCUGAAUGUGGGGAAGAUGGUUCAAGCAGCAAUGUCACUGUCGUCGUUGUCGUUGUCCUUCUAUUUAUUUUUUUAUGCGCUGGUAUAAGUGGAGCUUUGUACUUCAGGAAGAAGAAAUGUAUAUCAGGUAGGGUCUGUGUGGAGUUACAGAUAUUAACAUGGUUCAAUGAAAAUGAUAAUGGUUUCUGCUGAGUCAUGCCACUGCUGAGAUGUUAUUCAUUGUUUUUUGUUUGUUACAGGCAAACGUGUAACUGUCCCACCACAGGUAUGUUUGUUACUUUCUUUUUGACGCCGUGUGUAUGAUUUGCUUUACAUUGUGGGGGAGGAGUCUUAGUGAUGAUGCGCAUUGUAACAAUGUUUAUCUCAAUGACGACAAGAAAGAGAAAGUCUUAAUACUGAGGUACCAGAGGGAAGAGGGACAGAAUGUCAACAGCAGCGAUGGAUAGGUCGUUUGGUGAA